CAAGACGACAAAGUAGUGCAGCUCAUAGCAGCUCAAGGUCUAAGAUCCCCCGCUGUUAGAAGCGAAUACAAAACGUGGUUGACUGGAGUUGUGGAUCGAUUGAACGGAAUUCACCAUUACAGGCAUAAAAGUAAGUUCACUCAAGUAACAAAUGGGUAGGUCAUCAUAUACUUAAGUUGGUUCAAAGAACGGUAAAACUUAGAAGUGAGGUAAAACUCGCAUGUGAAUGCAGUAGCGUCUAACAAAGCUCCGAAAAAUAUAUUUACCAGUCACUCCGUGACCUAGCUUCCGCUUCUUUUUGGCAAGACUAUUUACUCCGUUAAAUGAUUGUUUAGUUUCGAUUCAGUCGAGAUAAGCAGGAAAAAAUCGCCUUUAACAAGUCCCCAAAUCCCUUAAAGAUGCAAGUAUUUGAUGUUACCUCUUUCGCACAGUGUGGUCUAUUGCGUCUGCCUAUAAUCUAAAAGCUCUAUUUCGCAAAAUUCUGCAUAAUAUGGAUGAAGAGAUUUAGUCAUUUGCACUGCAUUGUACAUUGUAUUGUCAGGGGAACACUACACUCGCCAAGUCUCAAAGCCUAGAGAUUAUAAGUGUCAGUUGAUUUACCGAUAUAUACUCAAUCAGGUUCAUUUCCUUUCACAGGAAAUUGGCAGACUUUGGAAUACAACAUGGUUCCGACAAAAUAUUUUCAACAGUUCCUCAAAGAUCUCAAAAAUCCUCAACCCCAUUCUGUCAGGAGCCAGCACCACUGGCGAGCGCCCAUUUUAUGCUCCUUCAAAAGGAAGGUGGUAUACCGUUUUUUUUACCUUGGCGUAAUUAAACAUGCUUUGGCCAAACAAAAUAUUGUCACUUUGAAAGAGAGAGCAUCGUGGAAUGGACACGUACUAGUCGCAGAGCACGAAAAACAAGGGGACGCUGAUCCCGUACAAGCUCUCCUUGCUGCCAAAAGAAAAGCCCACGGGGCAAUACCAAGAGCUAGGAUAACGUGCAUAAGUAAUCUAAUAGUUGGGUACGGAGAAGGUCGGGCUACCCGCGAGAUAGAUGUAAUUUGGUGGCCAAACUUGUAUCAUACAAGUCUCGUGGGAAAAAUGAGCAUCAGACUAUUUGUAAGUCGUGUUCAUCUUGAAUAA